CCCAACAGCAUGCAUCCUGCCAGAUUACUCAGCUCCUGCUGCCUCCUGCUGCUGUUAGGGGCCUUGCCUGCAUGGGCAACCAGUGAUGACCCACUUGAGAAGGUCAUUGAAGGGAUCAACCAAGGGCUGAGCAAGGCAGAGAAGGAGGUUGGCAAGGCCCUGGAAGGCAUCAAUAAUGGAAUCACUCAAGCUGGAAGGGAAGUGGAGAAAGUUGUCAAUGGACUUAGCAAAAUGGGGAGCCAUGCCGGCACGGAGGUGGAAAAGGGGAUCAACCAUGGCUUGGACAAGGUAGCCCAUGGGAUCAACAAUGGCGUUGGACAAGCAGAAAAGGAAACAGAAAAAUUUGCCCAUGGGGUCAACCACGCGACUGGACAGGGCUAUCAAUACGGCGCAGUUACCGGCCGGCCCGGAGGAACCACAACCACCACAGUAACAUCUGGAGCUUCGGUCAUCAAGCCUUUCAUCAACUUUUUGGGUCUGUGGAGAAGCAUCGCCAGCAUCAUGCCCUGAACUGAUGUUCCUGUUCUCAUACCUGCUGAAAUGACCUGAGGAGCUGGGGGUGGGAGGAGAGGUUCCUGGAGUC